AACUGGAUCAGAAUUCAGAAGAUGAAGAAGGCGUUGUCCACGAGACCGUAAUCACACGUGGCCAAACAUUAUAAAAUUAUCAGAUUUUCCCCCUUUUGAAAAAGAUUCAAUUUUUAUUGGUGGGUUUGAGAGAAGAAGAAGAGGAAGAGUCAAAAGAAAUAUAUAAAGAUUUGGUGUGGUGUUUCUCUCACUACUAAUAACCUUAAAACCCACCAACUCUUGUCUGAAAGAAAACAUGUCGAGCUCAUCCUCUGUUUCGUUGUGUUGUUCAUCAACAACCCAAGUAAGUGGGUUCGGUCUUAGGCCUCAAAGAUCACUCCUUUACCAACCCACUUCCUUUUCUUUCUCCAGAAGGAGAAGUCAUGGUGUUGUGAAGGCCUCAGCUCGGGUUGAUAAGUUUUCGAAAAGUGAUAUCAUUGUGUCUCCUUCGAUUCUCUCUGCCAAUUUCGCCAAACUAGGCGAGCAGGUGAAAGCAGUAGAGUUAGCAGGUUGUGAUUGGAUCCAUGUUGAUGUAAUGGACGGUCGUUUUGUUCCAAACAUCACAAUUGGACCUCUUGUGGUUGAUGCUCUACGCCCUGUGACUGAUCUUCCCUUGGAUGUUCAUCUUAUGAUAGUGGAGCCGGAUCAGAGAGUACCAGACUUUAUCAAAGCCGGUGCAGAUAUAGUCAGUGUACAUUGUGAGCAGUCAUCAACCAUCCAUUUACAUCGCACUGUUAAUCAAAUAAAGAGCUUAGGUGCUAAAGCUGGAGUUGUACUAAACCCUGGAACCCCAUUGACUGCAAUAGAAUAUAUAUUGGAUGUGGUGGAUCUUGUGUUGAUCAUGUCGGUUAACCCCGGAUUUGGUGGACAGAGCUUUAUAGAAAGCCAAGUAAAGAAAAUCUCGGAUUUGAGAAGAAUGUGUGUUGAAAAGGGAGUAAACCCAUGGAUUGAAGUUGAUGGUGGUGUUACUCCAAAGAAUGCAUACAAGGUUAUUGAGGCUGGAGCAAAUGCUUUAGUAGCUGGAUCAGCUGUAUUUGGAGCUAAAGACUACGCAGAAGCUAUAAAAGGAAUCAAGACCAGUAAGAAGCCAGAAGCUGUGGCUGUGUAAUAUGAAGAACCAAGCUAAAACAAAUACUCUGUUAAGCUUAGGAUAAAUAAGAGUUGGUCUACAGUUUCAAAAAUAGUUCAUAUAUAUACUUGUGUGUACCAUUGUCUUGUAGACUGGGGGAUCUGCAGAUUCCAUACACUGUGCAAUGAAACACUGUAAUAAGAAAUAAACUGUUAUGAAAGAUGUAAUAUGAAAGAAGAGCUUAGUCGAC